AUGAUCUACUGUGGUGGCAAGCUGAGCAUCACGGACAUAACUCGAUUUGGUGGUUUUCUCGGUGCCUUGCAGUGGCCUGCGGGCCAGGGUGUCCCAGCCCUCAGUGCUACGAUGAGCCUUCUGGCUGCAGAUGUUACUAAGGCGACGGUGGCGCUAGCUCAGGAAGUGAACAAGGCCCUUCGCUUUGCCAAGUCCAAUGUGGACAUGAAGCUGACGUUUGGGAAGACGGCAGCCUCCUGGGAAGAGAGUGCAUGCUUUGCUGCCUUUAGCGAUGCAGCCUUUGGCACAAGGAGUGAUCACUCAUCGCAAAGGGGGUACAUCGUGAUCCUGACGCAUGUGGACAUUCUUAUGGGGAAGACGCAACCGUAUGCGGUCGUAAUCAUCCUCCUCAUCAACCUCGCGAUUUUCGGCCUCUACUACCUCGUCAUGUGGACUAUGUCAUGGAACAAUCGCUACGUCCUCUACCUCGACGACAUGCUCCAGAUGAACGCAGACCACGGUCAUGGACCAGAGGGAGGAGAUCAGACAAUUGUACAACAUGGUGCAUCAGAGAGACAAUGA